UUAUGUACAAAUCAUUCCGAUAAAUAGAUUAGAAAAGGGGGUCUUCACCCUCUACUAUAAAUUGUUGGUUAACAAUAAAGCUAGCUGAAAAGUCGAAGAAUUGAAAGAUGAGAGCCAUGGAUUCUAGGGUUUUGGUUUUGAUGAGCAUGCUUGUUCUUACUCUGGCUAGAGGAUAUCCAUACGGGCUUGAAUAUGCAGUCUUCGAUGAUGAGUUUCAGAAUAAUGUCAAUAACCAGUUUCAGUUUGACGAUGAUAUUCCCACAACCCCAUUCCCAAAAUCUCCCCCUCCUUCUCCACUUAUCAUUUCUCCCUCGGCUUCCUCUCCCUCUCCUAUGACGUCUCCUCCGAUUCCUAGCAGCUCCCCUCACCCUCACCCUCCGCCUCAGAACAGAACUCCUGCCGACGUCCAAAACGACAGAGUGGUAUCAUGCAAUGUAGUAAAGAAUGUGUUAAUGCAUGUUCACCCUCCAAAAGCAUUCUUCCUCCUCUUGUUGCCCCUCCUAUAUUAUACCCUUCUUGCUUCACCGGCUGUGUUUCUCAUUGCACUCGGGCCACUCAGCUUCCGGAGACACCCGUUGUCCCCACUACUAAGGUCGUUGAUGGUUGCACUCGUUACUGUGCCACCUCCAUUGUUGCCAAAUUCAUCGCCGCUAAGCCUGAUGAACGACCACAUCGCGUUAAUGUUCAAGACGACGUGCGUAAGUGCUUUGGGAUCUGCUUUCACAAGAAGAUGUAUAAUUAAUUAAUUAAUAUUUGUAUCCGUUAUCAGUGUUAUCUUUUAUGAUCAGUAUAUUAUAUGAUUUUAUUUGGUUUCCUGGUCAAAUAAAGCUUUAAAUUUUUGUUCAUUUCCUUUUCAUCUACAUUUU